CUGUGAAAAUAAAAAAGACGUGUUAAAAGAUAGCCCGACAUGAUUUUCAAUAAUAUUUACAAAGUGUUGAAAAGUUGAAAUCGGGGACAAAACAGCUGUUACCACACAUUUACACGAAAUAGUCACAGACAAAACUAUGAACUGCGUGUUACUACGCAGGCUUCAUAAGACACCAGAACAUGUCACACAUGACACCCUUGUUACAUGGUUGCGGAGGACAUAACAGCACCAUGGCGCUAUCGAGGGACAUCCUGGCGACUUUUAAAGCCGAGCGGCAACGCGAGAAGGUUAAGGAAAAAGCCGCCGCGAGGUACCUACGCGUCAGGUCGCUUCUCGACCAGGCCGACAAGCUCAUCGCCGAGGCUCAACUUCCGAGGCAGAUGAAGAACAAGUUCGCAGCAAAGAUACUCAGGGCGAGGAGGGAACUCGACCUAGGAGAUGACCCUACCAAGAUAAGUGAAAAUGUCCAUGACAUUGUCGUGAUAUUGAGGCAAGACGUCAAGUCUGCGACUAAACUGUUAGACAUGACGCUCAGCUCGCUCAAGAAAGACCUGGAAACCCUUGACGAUUCGAUUUUUUUCAGAAGGAAAGACGGUGAACUCCUGCCGCGUUUCACGAAAGCCUUGGCCAUCACGCAGAAACAGAUUCGACUGCCGAAGAUGGAAACUGGAGAAGCGAAGGUAACGUCUUUCAGCCCAACCCCUCGCGAAUACGCGUUUGAGUCGAAGAGAAAAGCGGCAGACGCAGGCGACUCCCCGACACCGAAAGAAGAGACAACUCUCAAAGAAUCGAAACAGGACAAAUUCAAGGAAAACAAGUCGGAUUUCACAUCAUCGUGGUAUGAAAACGAAACGGAUGAGGAUCGCAAGAGGAUGGAAAUGGAACUGAGUGAAGAGUGCGGAACCCUCGACACAAAACCACUACUCCUGACCCGGGUGGCGUUGAUAAAUCGAAAAGUGUUCUCAAACUCGAUCAGAAGCCGUUUAUCAAAAAUUAUCCAUGCUGCGACCGAGCACUUCUACACCCUUUUAACAUUUUCGGUCAUUUUACUCUUCAUCUAAAACAACGGAUUUGAUCGACUGCAUUUCGCCCUGAGGAUCCUAAACGAGAUGGGACGGCCAGACCUCUCGCAGGAUGAGGUCCGGGAGCUGGAGAUGACGAUGAAGAGGACGAAGAAAAUGCUGCUGAACCGUCGCGAGUGCCAGAAGCUCCGCGGCCCCCUGGAGACGCUCCAGUACGCCAUGGAAUUGCCGAAGGCCGAACGGGAGCCGGCGUUCUCCACAGCCCUCCAGUCCGUUCACAAAGCGGUCAACGCCUUCGAGGUUUUGGACAAUCUCAAUUCGAAUUGAUUUUCACCAGCAUUUCAACCUCAGAAAAACAAUUUUAUCCCUUGUGCUCCCGACGAAAGAGUGUAAAAUAUUUGGAAAUAAAACAAAUUAUGGCCCAA